ACUGACUCCUUCGCAUCGCCAUGCCUUCCAAUCCCUAUUUCAUAGUCUCAAAUUUGGAUCCUUUUCUGUCAAUUUAGAUCCCUCGCUGAAUUCAGCAAAUGCUGCUCGGAUCCAAUCAACCACCUUUCAACCCUAAUUAAUCCAAUCAAUUCAAAAAUCAAAACCCCCACUCCGCCAAAUCAAUUCUUAAAUUAACGACUAAUCCAAUCCCAAUCCCAACCCCCCGUUAAUUUCAUUCAUUAUUUGGUGCCAUGAAAUCCUCGGGCCGAUUCUUCACGAUCGGGCUGGUCACGUCGUGGUACUCCUCCAACAUUGGGGUUUUGCUGCUGAACAAGUAUCUGUUGAGCAAUUACGGCUUCCGGUACCCGAUUUUCCUCACCAUGUGCCACAUGACGGCCUGCGCGCUGCUCAGCUACAUCGCCAUUGCGUGGAUGAAGGUUGUGCCGAUGCAGACCAUAAGAUCUAGGGUUCAGUUCAUGAAGAUCUCCGCCCUCAGCUUCAUUUUCUGCACCUCCGUUGUCAGCGGCAACAUUUCCCUCAAGUACUUGCCCGUCAGCUUCAAUCAGGCCAUCGGCGCCACCACCCCCUUCUUCACCGCCGUCUUCGCCUACAUCAUGACUUUCAAGAGGGAGGCCUGGUUGACUUACGUCACUUUGAUUCCCGUCGUCACGGGAGUCAUCAUCGCCAGUGGGGGUGAACCGAGUUUCCAUUUAUUUGGUUUUCUCAUGUGUAUCGGAGCUACAGCUGCAAGGGCACUGAAAUCAGUAGUUCAGGGAAUUUUGCUUUCCUCUGAAGGGGAAAAAUUGAAUUCCAUGAACCUGCUGCUGUACAUGGCUCCUAUAGCUGUUGUGUUACUACUUCCUGCUACACUUUUUAUGGAGGAAAAUGUUGUUGGUAUCACAAUAGCAUUAGGUAGAGAAGAUAUCAAAAUUAUUUGGUUGCUGUUGUUCAAGUCUGCGCUGGCAUAUUUUGUAAAUUUGACCAACUUUCUGGUCACAAAACACACCAGUGCUCUAACUCUUCAGGUGCUUGGAAAUGCAAAAGGGGCCGUAGCAGUUGUAGUCUCCAUAUUGAUCUUUAAGAACCCCGUCUCUGUAACGGGGAUGCUUGGAUACUCCCUUACUGUCCUUGGUGUUGUCCUCUAUAGUGAAGCCAAGCAGCGUAGCAAAUGAAAGCGGAAGUGUGACCAUCAACAAAGUAAUUUGACAGAGCUUGGCCACGGGACUACGUAUUUUUGCCCACAGAGCCAAGGAGGAUAGGGGGAGACAGAGGGUUUGACACAUACCAGCAAUCUGAGUGGUGGAGUAGAAGUUCGAAUAAGUGACUCAAAUGUCUUAAUACUUCCCAAUUUUGGCAACUCAAAGUAAGCUUACUUUUAGCUUAUUCUUUUUGGGAUCCAUUUACAUAGCCUGUGAUUAUAAUUUUUUUACAAUGUCAAUUAACAAUAGACAAACACAGAGAUUAUCAAUUUGGCCAUCCUUCAUCAAGUGAUAUAUGAGAAGAUUAUUAGCCAGUUU